AACUCUCGCCCUAAGUAUACCGUUAAGGCGAGGUUUAUAUUUAACGGCGGCUUAUAUAAUCCGCUAAGUAUUACGGCGCUCUAUGGCUCGGAAGUAAUGCUACUUAAGAUACUCGAAAUAUCCGAUUGCGAUAGCGAUUAUUUCUUACUGAAUUUAGCUUUAGCCGCAGCCGAAUAG